CGGGGCUGUGGCGGCCGCCCUGUGCUGUGCCCGCCAUGGGGAUCCGCAAGAAGAGCAACAAGAACCCUCCCGUGCUCAGCCAUGAGUUCGUCGUGCAGAACCACGCGGACAUCGUGUCCUGCAUGGCCAUGGUCUUCCUGCUCGGGCUCAUGUUCGAGGUUACAGCAAAAGCAGCUGUUGUCUUUGUUACACUUCAAUACAAUGUUACCAUUUCGGCCACAGAAGAACAGCCUAUGGAAACAGUCACACUCUAUCACUAUGGCAUCAAAGAUCUGGCUACUGUUUUCUUCUACAUGCUCGUAGCAAUCAUUAUACAUGCUAUUAUUCAAGAAUAUGUGCUAGAUAAAAUUAAUAGGCGAAUGCACUUUUCCAAAACAAAGCACAGCAAAUUCAAUGAAUCUGGACAACUCAGUGCAUUUUACCUUUUCUCCUGUGUUUGGGGAACCAGCAUUCUUGUUUCUGAGAACUAUGUAUCUGAUCCAACCUCACUCUGGAGAAACUACCCACAUACAAUGAUGCCGUUUCAAAUGAAGUUUUUCUACAUCUCACAGUUGGCAUACUGGUUCCAUGCUUUUCCAGAACUCUACUUCCAGAAGACAAAAAAAGAAGAUAUUCCUCGCCAGCUUGUUUAUAUUGGGCUUUAUCUUUUCCAUAUCACAGGAGCUUAUCUGUUAAAUUUGACUCAUCUUGGGCUGGUUCUCCUUGUGCUGCAUUACUUUGUGGAAUUUCUCUUCCACAUCUCUAGACUGUUUUACUUCAGUGAUGAAAAAUACCAAAAAGGGUUUUCACUUUGGGCAAUUCUUUUUGUGUUGGGAAGACUUCUGACCUUGAUUCUUUCUGUCCUCACUGUUGGAUUUGGCCUUGCUAGAGCAGAGAAUCAAACAUUGGAUGUUAGUUCUGGAAACUUCAAUGUGCUGCCAUUCAGAAUCAGCGUGUUGGCCUCCAUCUGUUUAACUCAGGCCUUUAUGAUGUGGAAGUUCAUUAAUUUUCAGCUAAGAAGGUGGAGAGAACAUUCCUCCCCUCCCCAACCAGUAAAAAAGAAGUUUAUGACAACUAAAGGAAAGCCAUCCAAAAAAGAAAGAGAAAAUGGAAUAAAUGGAACGCUAACCUCAAAUGGAGCAGACUCGCCUCGUAGCAGGAAAGAAAAAUCCUCUUAAAAUAGAACUUUUAAGUUAAUUGACUAAUAUCCCCAAAGAGAACUGCUUUUUACGUUGGAAAAUUCUUCAGCACCAGAGUUCUUACUGUUAACAAAAAAAAUAAAAUCAAUGCUUUUUGAUUAUUGCUACCAUAAUGGUUUUCGUGCAACUUUUUAAAACAUUUUAACUGAAAAGGGGGUCAACUUUAUUUUUAAUAUCUUUGAAG